AUGACUCGAUAUAUAUUUAAUGAAACAAGUGAAGUACCACGGACUACCGUUAAAGAACAUCUCAAUGACAUUAAUAACAUGUUGGAUAGCGGAAUGGAUAAGAUCAACAUGAAAAAAUAUCUUACCUACUUGAAAUAUAAAAUGCAAGGACUACAGUUUAGUCAAAUAAAUCUAACCAUGUAUCGUUCCUGGUUAUAUGAUAACAAACCGCUCCAACCAACACAAUUUCGAAGUAUAUUAUUUAUCGGAAGCAAAUUUGGGUCUACUCGUGACUGGAAUAGGCUGCUCACCAGAUAUUUAGAUACACGGGGGAAUUGGAAAAAAGCAAUUAUGCAAGAAGCAUUAGCUGCUACCACUAAAAAAUUUCUUAUUUCGAAGCUUUUGAAAACUGCUAUUAACAACAAAAAGGUUAAUAAUAAUAGAUUAAAGGCAAUUCUAGCGGCAGUUUCUCAACAUUUUGUAAAUAGAAAAAUCAUAUGGAACUUUUUUACGAAGCAUUGGAAGGUGUUAAAUCAAAGAUUCAGUUACCAGCCUAAUGCCUUAAGAAUAAUUUUGAGGGAUAUAACCAAGAAAUUUUACACUCAAGAAGAACUUCAAAUGGUUAUUAAAUUUUUCCAAAAUCGACGCUUGAGAUACGGUGAACGUGAUGUAAGCAAAUCAAUCGAUCUCAUCGCCGGUAGAGUACACUGGAAGAAGCAUUUCCAAAAUUUCUUGAAAAGAAAAGAUAUAGGGAUAAUAACACCAUUUGAUAAGAAUUAG